AUCCAAUGUCCUCUUAGUCGGGCCUGCCUUCGGUUGACCUAGGGGAAGAUGUUCAGUCAGGUGUAUUUCAUCAGUGUUGUGCAGUAGAAGACUAAAAUCUGCUGUACUGGAAAUUCAGCAGUGGCAUUUGGCCAUUGUCUACAAGCCAGAGCAGAAGAGCCAGGAGCAAUGUGCUUGAUCGUGGUUCUCAGAAUACAGGCAUUUAUCAGAUGCACCAUGGUGAACUUGGUGAAUAUGUUACGAGAGCACUGGGUCAACGUUCUCGUCCCCCUUGGCUUUGUGAUUGGGAUUUAUAUGGACAGAAGGAAUGAUGAGAAACUCACAGCUUUUAGAAACAAGAGCAUGUUGUACAAGAGGGAACUGAAACCAGGGGAAGUGACCUGGAAGUAAACCUCUCCUAUCAACACACAAAACCGGAAACCUCUAAAAUGUUGAUGUAACGUUUGCCAGAAUUUCCCUUCAUUUCUGAUCUGAUGUGACAUUCUGCGUUUUUGUUCACGUGGUGGCUUUUUGGAAGAUGUGUUUUGUAAUAACAUGUAAUGGCAGGAAAAAAAUAAAUAAUCUAGAAGUGUU